UGUCAAUUUUCAAAAAUAUGAAGUGAUCUUUAUUUAGUGAUUUACAAACUGAUUGUGUAAUAUAUUUUAGUUUAUUUAUUCUGAUUGUGAUUUGAUUAAAUCCCUUAUUGGUUUUGCCCUUGAUUGUUAAAUUUCGCCGGUGUAGGUUAUGAAUUAAAAUCUCCAAGAAACCGUCUUGGUUUAGUAUGUUUUAAGCCAAUAACUUAUUUAAUACUCAUAUAAACAUCAUGUCUAGGAUUUUACACAGUCGUCUGAGAUUUACAUCAAAACGAACAUGGCCUGCCGUAGACAAAAGAGCUGUAGCAUUCUCAGUGUGGACAGGCCGCAGUCUGUUACUGCACAAACCAAUAGACCCGAUCAAUAUACCCCGACGGAGAUAUGGUAUGCUCGUUGCUCGGGCGGUACGAGGUGUGCUAAAAAUCAGAUAUUUGCUGUUGGGAGGCGCAGUCGGAGGUGGAAUGACCUUAAAUAAGAAAUACACAGAAUGGAAAGACGGUCUGCCCGACAUGGGGUGGCUGAACGAUCUCCUUCCCGACAAUGAGCAGUGGAACAAUUUUGCAACUACCCUCAUUUCUGCUAAAGAUAAAAUAAGCGACCAACUGCAGAUUGGUGUUCCACUGACGCUGUCGCUCUCAGAUCCGAGGCUCCGGGACGCGGGGCUGGCCCGGGCAGCUGAGGUCAGGGAGUGGCUGGCGCAGAGGUAUGAAGAUGCUGUGGCCGCUGCAGCGGUCAAUAACAACAAUAUCAGUAGUAUAGAACCAGCCCCAAAGAUCGUGAACAAUCUACAGAGCAGGCCGGCGCCGAUGGUCGCGUCCGCUCAGUCUGAAGAUAAUGCAGCUUAUGAAAAACGGGUGCACGCCCUCCAAGAGGAGAUCCUGUCCCUGCAGGCGCGCUACCAACGGGAGCUGCAGCGGCUGGAGCAAGAGAACAGGGAGCUGAGACAGCAGAACAUGCUGCUGCGGCAGGGCAGACAGCCAUCCACUAAAAAGAUGAAGCGAUCGCUGAUCGACAUGUACUCGUCCGUGCUGGACGAGCUGGCGGGCUGGGAGGCGGGCGAGGCGGGGCGGCUGCCACGAGUGGUGGUGGUUGGAGACCAGUCGGCCGGCAAGACCUCGGUGCUGGAGAUGCUCGCCCAGGCGAGGAUAUUCCCGAGAGGCGCGGGGGAGAUGUGCACCAGGGCUCCAGUGAAGGUGACGUUGUCAGAAGGGCCGUACCAUGUGGCCCAGUUCCGUGACUCCAGCCGCGAGUUUGAUCUCAAUAAGGAGAGUGAUUUGGCCGAUCUACGCAAGGAGGUAGAGAUGCGCAUGCGGGCGAGCGUGCGCGGUGGGCGGACGGUGUCGGCGGAGCAGAUCGCGAUGUCGGUGAAGGGCCCCGGCCUGCCGAGGAUGGUGCUCGUUGACCUGCCGGGAGUUAUUUCGACGCAAACGGUGGACAUGGCCGCGGACACGCGCGAGGCGAUCAAGCAGAUGACCAAACAGUACAUGGACAAUCCCAACGCGAUCAUAUUGUGUAUACAGGAUGGAUCAGUAGACGCUGAGCGCAGUAAUGUCACAGAUUUAGUAGCUUCCUGCGACCCUCAGGGUAAGAGGACCAUCUUCGUGCUGACCAAAGUGGAUCUAGCUGAGGAGAAUCUGGCCAACCCGAAUAGGAUCCGUCGCAUACUCGAAGGCAAGCUUUUCCCCAUGAAGGCUCUCGGCUACUACGCGGUGGUGACCGGCCGGAGCCGGAAGGACGAUAGCAUACAGAACAUAAGGGACUACGAGGAGCGGUACUUCCGCUCGAGCAAGCUGUUCAAGGACGGUCUUGUCUCGGCGGCCCAAGUCACCACUCGCAACUUGGCGCUCGGCGUAGCUGAGUGCUUCUGGCGCAUGGUCCGGGACUCAGUGGAGCAGCAGGCCGACGCGUUCAAGGCCAUGAGGUUUAACCUGGAGACGGAGUGGAAGAAUACUUUCCCCAGACAGCGCGAGCUAGACCGCGACGAGCUAUUCGAGCGUGCUCGUGCCGAGCUGCUCGACCAAUCGGCUGAGCUGUCCGCAGUCGCCGCCGCCAACUGGGAGGCGCGACUGACGGGGGCGCUGUGGGACGCCGCCGCGCCUAAGGUGCUGGACCAGAUAUACCUGCCGGCGGCCGCGCAGGCGCACGCCGAUGUCGAGUGUGUAAAGCUUCGUCCUAUCAAGUAUGACAAGAAUAGCGAUGCAAUGACAAUGUGGAACGAUCCUUAUGAUAUUGAUUACAACAAAUUCAACACGACGGUCGACAUAAAACUCCGCGAGUGGGCGGAGGGGGACCUCGCGGCGGUGUCCGUAGCGGCCGGCCGAGAGGCGUUACGGGCCGAGUUCGCAGCCCUACUGUCCAGAGCCGGUGAUACGGACCCCGUGUAUGAGCCGCUGAAGAGAGCGGCGGUAGAAGAGGCCCUGGCUAGACACCAGUGGGAGGAUAGAGCGCAGGACGUUCUUCGUGUGCUCCAACUGAACGCCCUCCAGGACCGAAUGGUCCGCUCCCGCGCGGACUGGGACGCGGCCGUCGCGCUCAUGGACAGCGCGCUGAAGGAGCGGCUCAGCGCUACGUCGGAGCAGCUCCACGAGCUCACAGGUCCCGGUUUCCGCGAGCGCUGGCUGUACUGGCGCACGCCGACCGCGGAGCAGGCGCGCCGCUCCACGACGCUCGCCGAGCUGGAGAGGCUGGGGGUGACGCGGCCGCAGCUCACUUAUGACGAAGUGGUAGCGGCUCGGGACAACCUGCGCCGCCGCGGUGUGGAAGUCGACAACGACUACAUACGAGAGACGUGGCGGACUGUCUACAUGCGAAACUUCCUCUCCCGAGCGCAAAACCGUGCUCGCGACUGCCGCAAGAGUUUCUACCUGUACAGCCAACAAAAUGGCGCUGAGAAGGAGUGUUGUGAGGUGGUGAUGUUCUGGCGGGUACAGUCAACACUGCGGACGACGGCAAACGCGCUGCGGCAGCAGAUAGCCAACAGGGAGGCCGCCAGGCUCGACAGGGACCUGAGAGAGGUGCUGGACGAGAUGGCAGCGGAUUCGGAACUCAAGAAGAAAUUACUUUGUGGCCGUAGAGUGGAACUUGCAGAAGAACUGAAGCGAGUGAGACAAGUGCAAGAGAAGCUAGAAGAGUUUAUAGAGGCGUUAAAUAAAGAGAAGUAAACUAGUCGUAGACAAUGUUAUAUAUAAGUUAUAUUUAUAAUAAAAUGUUGCACA